AUGGAUCUUUCUUCUACACUUGAAAGUAUCGCUUCUACGUACGCCGAUGUCAAUACCCGCACGUUCGCGCCACGUAGUGUCAACCUCACCGGACUCAUCGAUGUUCACGGCACGUGCUCACUCCGACCACUCAUCAUGUAUCUGACAGAUAUCACAGCGCAUUGCGUACCAGACUGGUAUCGCGCAAUUGUUCCUAGAACUGGCGGGAAUCCAACGCCAUCAUGGAACGUUACCGGGCAUCUCGACUUCAUGGCGAGUCAAGGCAUAUCUCGCGCCGUACUAGCCUUCUCAUCACCUGGCGCCAACGUAUAUCCGGGAAACCAGGCCGCCACCAUUGCGCUUGCGCGGUUGAUCAAUGAGCAAUCUGCAGCGUAUGCGCGGGCCUACCCAGAUCAGUUUACAUUCUACGCUGUCGUCCCGCUCCCAUACACACCAAAUGCAGUCGCCGAGGCUACGUAUGCGCUUGAUAUGCUUGGGGCGGCUGGCAUCGCCCUCUAUUCCAACUUCGAGGGUCGCUACCUAGGCGAUCCAUCCUUUGUACCUUUUUUUGAAGCGAUAAACGCUCGUGGAACAGACCAAAUCAUCUACGUGCACCCCACGACGCCCUAUAUACACGUAAAUGGCACCCUUGUCGAGGCAAAUCCGACCACAUACCCGACUGGAAAUAUCGAAUUUUACUUCGAGACAGCACGAACGCUUCAAGAUCUCGCAGUUACGCAGAUUAUCCUUAACUUUACUAGCAUCAACUACAUUAUUCCGCACGUCGGUGGCGCAUUCCCUUCAGUAGCAGAUCGACUGCUUAAAUCAUAUCCAGUAAUCUAUGACAGGACUAUGGCUGCACUGCAAACGCGUUUCUUCUGGGAUUCUGCUGGCCCAACAUACUUCCACCAAGUCGGCGCGCUUCUGGCUUACGACAUUCCGACUACGCAGCUCUUCUUUGGCACUGAUUUCCCAUAUGCUCCUAUCUUUACUUACGGCCCAUCCUUACUAGGUAACGUGGAUGGCAAGCGAGUGGGCCAGGCAAGCGAGUGGGCCACCCCACCAACUUUUGUAACUUCAAAGCGACUUAUCUCAACAACGCGAUAA